AUGUCUGUCUCGGAAAAAGGCUCGGACAACGUCGUUGAGCACUACGACAAGGGGGAGCAUGUCGAUCCUGAAACCCACGUCGACCCAGCGUUUGCGAAGAGGACAAUCCGACGCGUCGAUGUUAACCUCCUGCCCAUCCUAGCCAUCCUUUACUCCAUCUCGCUCAUCGAUCGUGUCAAUAUCUCGAACGCGUAUGUCGCGGGUAUGGCUCAAGAUCUCCAGCUGCAGAUCGGGGCGCGUUAUUCUAUUGCCACUUUGAUCUUCUUCGUCCCCUACAUCCUCUUCGAACUUCCGUCGAACAUUCUUGUUCGCAAGGCCGGCGCCGCUCGCUGGAUUGGUAGCAUUACCACCUUGUGGGGGAUAGUCAUGGUUGGCAUGGCAUUCGUCACUACAUGGUGGGAGCUCGUUAUCUGCCGCGCCCUGCUCGGUGUCCUCGAAGCCGGGUUCUUCCCUGCCUGUACAUAUAUCAUCAGUACUUGGUAUGUCCGAGGAGAGAUCCAAAAGCGCAUGACAGGUUUCUACGUCCUGUCCAUUAUGGUCGCCGGCUUCUCUUCCGCGAUGGCUGGAGGUAUAUCUGAGAUGGCUGGUAUUGCAGAUCUUGGUGGAUGGCAAUGGAUUUUCCUUCUCCUUGGUCUAAUCACAGUCGUUGCUGGUGCAAGUGCCUUCUAUUUCGUUCAGGACUUCCCCGACAAGAACAAGUUCUUGGACCAGGAGCAAACCAAAUUCAUUCUUGCCCGUAUCAACAAGGAUCGUUCCGAUGCCGAAUUCGAUCACUGGACGAAGGCCAAGUUCUGGUCCUAUCUCAUCGAUAUUCACUUGUGGUCUUACGCCCUCAUGUUCGGAGCCGUUUGCACUACUACCUACGCCUUCGCCUACUUCCUGCCUAUCAUUCUCGUCCAAGGGAUGGGAUACACCACUCUCAACGCACAAUUGUUGACUGCUCCGCCAUACGUCUUCGCUGCCCUCUAUUCAUUCACGUUGGCUUGGUUGAGCGACAAGUACCUGCUCCGCGGCCCGUUCCUGAUCUUCCAGGCGAUCUUUGCCAUCAUUGGCCUGACCUUGACUGCUUUCCAUACCGUCAAUGGCGUGCGGUACCUUGGUGUCUUCUUUGGCAUCGCUGGGGGCUCUGCUAACGUCCCGGCUAUCCUUGGCUACAUGCAAAACAACGUCACUGGACACACGAAGCGUGCUUUUGCUUCUGCUAUUACCAUCGGUGGUGGCGGCAUCGGUGGAAUCAUCGCAUCGACGGUCUUCCGCUCAAAAGAUGCUCCUGGAUAUAGACCUGGACUCUGGGUCACCAUCGGCUCGCAGCUCAUCAUAAUCGGCACAACUUGUGCACUCAUGGUGUACUACAAGUUCAAGAACGCGGCUGUGCGUGAAGGUCGCUCUCCCCCUAUCGACGGUCGCCCCGGGUUCCUCCACACAUUCUAA